CUUAAGAGGCACUGGCAAAGCAGAUGAAAAGACUUCAUGGUCCUCUACCUCUUGGAAAGGACUAGAGUUGGUCAUUCUUGUCUUAUUCAAACCAUGUUAGCAGUCAAGGAACUCUGGUGGUUUCCAGGUGGUCAAGGGAAGGAGUGAAAGAGGAGAGAUUACUCCAUAGUAGGCCCAUAUAUGACCAACCUAGAUGGGCUCUGGGCAUUGAGAGGAGGCCAGGAGGAAUUGCAGAACCAGUCAGGUGAUAUAUUUUUCUCUUUUUUGUUUCCUUCAGAUGGGGAGACCAGGCCUAAAACCAGAGAGACUACUCCAAAGCUGAGCAUUUCCUGUGAUUUAAAAUUGAGGCAAAUCUGGGAUUCGAAUAUCAGGUUAGGGAAGAAGCAAGAUGGCUGGGAGUGUCAUUCCAAACAACUAAAGAUGAUCUUCAGGAAAAGUCCCAGUGAAAGGAGAAGUGAUGAAUUUAAUAAAUUCGAGCGAAAUUUUAAUCAAGACUCAAAGAUCCAUCAUGACCAUGCUGAAAGUAGAAGGAGCUCCCAACCAUCUUCAGACCUGUUUGAAUGUAAGGAAAUCGCCUCAGGGAAUGGAUAUUCCAAAUAUAGCGAAUAUAGGGAUUGCCUUGAUGAGGAGAUGGAUCUCCUUGAGCAGCGUGGAGUGAAAGGCUUUGAAGGCGGUCGCUGUGAGACAUCCUUCAGUGUGAGCCCAGAUCUUAUUGGUCAUCAGAAGAGUCCUCCUGGAGAAAUGCCUUAUAAACAUAAUGAACAUGGUACAGCUUUCACCCAUAAGCCACCUCUUGGUCUACAUCAGAAAGUUCCUCCAAGAAAGAAAUCUUACGAAUGUAAUCAGUGCGGGAAGGCCUUUUUUCGGAAUACAGAUCUUAGUCAACACCAGAAAAUUCACAGCGUAGAAAAGGCUUAUAAGUGCAGUGAAUGUGGGAAGGCUUUUAGCCAGAGCAGAGAUCUUCAUCGCCAUCAGAGGAUUCACACCGGGGAAAAGCCCUAUAAAUGCAACGAAUGCGGCAAGGCCUUCAGCUACAGCUCAUCCCUCAUCGCCCAUCAGAGGAUUCAUUCUGGAGAAAAGCCUUACGAGUGCGGCCAGUGCGGAAAGGCUUUCCGGAAUCACUCCAACCUUGCCGUCCACCAGAGGAUUCACACCGGAGAGAAGCCCUACAAGUGCAACGAAUGCGGGAAGGCUUUUAGCCAGAGCAGAGACCUCCUGAGACAUCAGAACAUCCACACGGGGGAGAAACCCUAUAAAUGUAACGAGUGCGAGAAGGCCUUCAGCCAGAGCAGAGACCUUCUCCGGCACCAGAAUAUUCACACGAGGGGGAAGCCGUACAAGUGCAACGAAUGCGAGAAGUCCUUCAGCCAGAGCACGUCCCUGCUCACCCACCAGAGCAUCCACGCCGGAGAGCGGCCCUAUAAGUGCAACGAGUGUGGCAAGGCCUUCAGCCGCAGCUCCAACCUGAGGGUGCACCAGAGAAUUCACACCGGAGAGAAGCCGUACAAGUGCGACGCGUGCGGGAAGGCCUUUAUCCUCAAGUCGUCGCUCAUUUUACACCAGAAGGUUCACACUGGAGAGAAGACCUCCAAAUGCAACCCUCGGGGAAAGGCUUUCAGACAGAAUUUUCAUUUCGCUGCGCAUCAGAGAAUUCAUCCUGGAGAGAAGCCCUAUAAAUGCAGCGGAUGAAGGAGGGUCUGCCUGCAGUUCGGACCUUGCUGGACGUGACAUGAGGGCUGAAUCCAACUGAUGUGGGGAGGAAGGCCUUUGGCUGGAGCCCAGAGCUGAGAAGAGGGGAAAAUUCAUGCUGUUGGGAAAGCCGUAGAAAUCAAUGACGUUUUCUGUGAAUGCCUUACGGCCGCCACUUCUUAUUGCCCAAUAAUGUUCCACAUUAAUAGAAGAUGCUUUCUUCUCAUUUCUCCGAUGAUUUCUCCUUUUUAUUGGCAGUUCUUUACUCCCAUGAAAAGUGCUGCUGUGGCUAUUCUACUGGAUAGUGGGCCUUUCCACCUGGCACUGACUUUGGGGAAUAGAAGCCUAGUAGUAGAGUUGGUUGGCCAAAGGGUGCGGCGACUUUUCUUGUAUAAUCGCUUUGUACAGUAAAUAAAAUUUGUUUCAAGUUUUGUUAGCUUUGUGAA